UAAUGGCUGAAUGGUCGUGGCUGGAGAUGAAGUAAUGUUUUUGCGCACCGACAUCAGGUGUCAAAAAAUACUUCCUUACGAAUUUCCUCAGAAUCCUGAAGUCUUUACACCACCUAAGGGUACCUAAGGCUGCAGGCAGAGGGGCUGAUACUCACCUGGUUUGUCCGAACUUCGGCCGUGAAAAAUGAGCAAUCUCCUGACGUUCACGCCGCCGAUCGUGAAACGAUUGCUCGGGUGGAAGAAGGACGAUACAGAAGACCGAUGGUCGGAGAAAGCUGUGAAGAGCCUCGUGAAGAAACUGAAGAAAACGGGAGGGUUAGACGAACUAGAAAAGGCUAUCUCAUCUCAAGACAUCCACACGAAAUGUGUCACAAUUCCUCGAUCAGAGCAUGUGAUCAGUGGGUCUCACGUUUUGGCGUACUCUUCCAAAGCCCAAUCGUCCCUAGAUGGCCGUCUCCAAGUAUCACAUAAGAAGGGUCUACCCCACGUCAUGUACUGUCGACUGUGGAGGUGGCCAGACCUACAGAGCCACCAUGAGCUCAAGCCAGUCGAGCAUUGCGAGUUUGCGUUUCGGCUUAAACGAGACGAGGUGUGCGUCAAUCCUUACCACUACACACGAGUUGAGACUCCAGUAUUACCUCCAGUGCUGGUACCGAGGCAGCCAGAUAUACCAACAGAGCUACCUGAACUGGACGACAUGAGCAGUACGGUGCCAGAUAAUGCGAACUAUCCCGUGGGUAUGGAGCCGCAGAACCUACUCCCACCAGAAACCCCUCCACCUGGCUAUAUGAGUGAAGAUGGUGACAAUACUGAACAGAGUAUGGAUACAUCACAAAAUGGAACAAUGUCUCCUGGUUCAACAGACUCACUCGAUUUACAGCCCGUAUCAUACUGUGAGCCCCCCUUCUGGUGUGCUAUAGCUUACUACGAGAUGAAUCAGAGGGUAGGAGAGACCUUCCAUGCGUCCCAGCCCUCACUCACCAUAGACGGAUUCGUCGACCCGUCCAGCUCUGAGAGAUUCUGCCUCGGCUUACUGUCCAACGUCAACAGAGAUCCAACGGUAGAAGUCACGAGAAGACAUAUUGGUAAAGGAGUCAGGUUAUACUACAUCGGAGGAGAAGUCUUUGCAGAAUGCUUAAGUGACAGCAGCGUCUUCGUCCAGAGUCCCAACUGCAACCAAAGAUAUGGAUGGCAUCCUGCCACAGUCUGUAAAAUACCUCCAGGCUGUAAUCUAAAGAUCUUCAACAAUCAAGAGUUUGCCGCUCAGCUCUCCCAGUCCGUCAACCGAGGCUUCGAAGCCGUCUACCAGCUAACAAGGAUGUGCACCAUCCGCAUGAGCUUCGUCAAAGGGUGGGGCGCUGACUACAGGCGCCAGACGGUAACCAGCACGCCGUGUUGGAUAGAACUUCACCUUAACGGACCGCUGCAGUGGUUAGACCGGGUGCUGACGCAGAUGGGCUCGCCGGUGGAUAAGUGCUCUAGUAUGUCGUGAUGUGAACGCCAUCGGGCACCCUGCGCUGGUUUGUGUGUUAUACUUGAUUGUCAAAGUUAAGAUCGCUCCCCCUGUUGAAAAUGUGUAAUCAGCUUGAGAAGUUGGACAUUACCGGUCUGGGGAAGAAACCACCCAUGAGUUUUUGAUUUGAUGCAGGGUCCACAGGCCACACCAUUGGUCGGGCCAAUGGGAGACUUUUGAGACGCUGGUGGCGGCAGACAUAACGGCCCUUUUUUGUGGCUCUUGGCGUCUGCGCACAUGCUGAGUAUUGCUCUCAUAGUUCUCAGCUCGCAUGCUACUGGCGAGAACUGUGAAAAAGAACGGUCCAAAAGUCUCCCAUUGAGAGGUCAAAGGUCAACACUGUUGCAAUGCUAAGGUUUUGAGUAGUUGCAUUCACAAAUUGUACAGCUACUCUUUUUGGGAGGGGCGCUUUCAUUCAUUGUAAUUUUUGAGGGGUGGGGCAGGAGAAGUUGUGGGGUGAGCCGAGCUGCCAACUCUCCCUGAUUCUGUAGAGUGUUCCACUGAAAAGAAACCAAUCUUGUCAUGAUCUGAUGGACAAAUUAAAAAAACUCCCUGAUUUUGGCAAACUUUUCCCCCUAUUGUGCUGAAUUUAAUUCUAAAUAUCUCCCCGAUUGUUGAACGAAAUCUCCCUGAUUGCAAAAUGCAAAUGUUGGCAGCCCUGGGUGAGUAGUGUGCUGAAAACUAUUCUUGAGAAGGAAACUGUUUCUUGAUGAGUCAAGGAAAAUGACUGUUCGAUAUCGACCUUUGGUGUGCCCUAAGAUCUUGUUAAAAACUUCCCUCCUGUAAACAAAAUGGCAAUAGUGGCUACUUCUCCUCGUUAACAAAAUUGCAGAAGUUUUUUUUCUCCUCGUUAACAAAAUGGUUAAGGUGACCCUUUCUCCUUGUUAACAAAUUUGUGAAAGUGACCCUUUCUCCAUGCCCUGUCAUUUUUUGGCAACACUUGGGGGAAAUCUGACUUUGACUUUAAACUUAAAAGAAAAGAAGAAAAGAAAGAAAGAAAAAAAAAAUAUGAAAGAGCAGCUUGUAAAAAUGAUGAAAUUGAUAAGAUGAUAAUAUUUUUUAUUGUGAAACUAAGAGAUUUAAUGUAAACCUGCCGCCUCUGGCCUCUUUGUAGCUGGUGUCAAGUUACCCUAAAAAAAAAAAAGAGAGAUUUUUUUUAUGACUCAGUAAAUUUUUUAUUUGGAUUAUUACUAUUACUGUUUUAUUAUUAUUGUUUAUUUAUUCUAUUUGUUGUUUACGUUUUUUUUUAUAGCGAGGGGGGUAGAUUGUUGUUAAAUCUCGGGUGUGCGUCUUGGUCGUGCUAUAAAUGCUGUUUUUAAAUUGUUCUUUGUCUUGGCGUUGGUUGUGGUCUGAGCAGCAGUUUCAACAUCUCAGAGUUUGGUUUAUU